UUUGUUUUCUUUUGUUAUUUUUGAUUCUCGUAAAAUGUCAACAAUCUAUGUUGAUUUUCUAUCUCAAAAUCUAACUACAAAAUUGUGCUAAUUUAAAUCCGAGAAAGGACGCAGUUAAAUAGCGAAAGGACAACUGUUGGGGAGCAGCAGGAUCUACCGACAGGAUGAAUAUGAUCUUCAAUCGCUUGCCAUGGCUUAAUUGCUUCAAUGGACGUCGCGAGAGCUGCGAGGAGCUGCUGCCAUUGAAUGAGUACAACAGGGAGCCGGUGAUCCUCAAUGUCUACGAUCUGUUCAACGUCAACGAAUUCGGGGCAGCACGAAUCGGUCUGGGAAUCUUUCAUACCGGCAUUCAGGUGUACGACAAAGAGUACACUUAUGGCGGCCACAGUUACUCCAACUCGGGCAUCUUUGAGAUGAUGCCACGCACUGCGGAGAUUGAGUUGGGAGAGCAUUUCCACUAUCGCGAGAGCAUUCAGCUGGGCUACACGCAGUUCACCCGUGACGAGGUGAUGCGCAUUGUGGAGCAACUGGGAUGUCAAUUCACAGGGAAUAGCUAUCAUUUGACCAGCAACAAUUGCAAUCACUUCUCGGACGCCAUGUCGCGCAUCCUGUGUGGCCAGCAGAUACCCAAGUGGAUAAAUCGACUCGCCUACUUCAUCGACUGUGUGCCCUUCCUGCAGCGUUGUCUGCCCACCGAGUGGAUGAGCCCAAUGUAAGGAGAAAUUUGCAAAGAUCUAGACAACAAAUAAAAAACAAGUACAACUCACAUUACACUCUGAUGAUACUAUUUAUCACGAUGUAAGGAGAAAUUUGACGAUCUAGACAACUCACAUUACACUCGGAUAAUACUAUUUAUCACGUAUUCUCUUAGCAACUAAAUAAAUACACGUACUGAGAAAUGAGUUGAGAGUGAAGCAAAUUGUGCUUCUUAUUGCACUAUGUUUAUGCUGGCGCCUUUUCUGGAAUUUUUGCCAGUCUCUGCAUUUCGAAACCCUUUUGUGGAUCAGUUGGCCAGUCGGACUUUGCGCUCAUUUUAAUUGUUUAUUUAUGAUAUAUAUUGAGAAAUAAACUCUGGCUGUCGCACUAUGGUUCAGCCGA